AUGGCUGGGUCACAACUGAAAAACUUGAAGGCCACAUUGAAAGCUCAUGGGCUAACUGGGCAAACCAAGUCUAAAAAGAAGAAUACUAAAAGACAACCAAAAGAUUUCGAUCGUGAGGAAAAGGCUAAGAUAAUUGCAAAGAUUAGAGAAGACUUUAAUCCUUUCGAAGUUAAGGCCACGAGAAAUAAGAGAAAAGAUAAUAAAAUAGGAAAUGAUAAGAUAGCUGUUGGUAAGCCUGGGAUUUCAAAACAAAUUGGUGAAGAAAAGAGGUUACAUGCAUUCGAAUCUAGAAAAAAACUAAAGGUAAGAAAGGUGGUAUUGUUGAUAAGCGUUUACGGUGAGAGAGAUAAGAAUAUGACUGAAGAAGAAAAGAUGUUGGAACGUUUCACUAGAGAAAGACAAAGCCAAUCUAGAAAGAAUAAAAAAGAUUUAUUUAAUUUGGAAGGUGAUACUAAUGAAUUUGAUGAUGGCGAUAUGUUUGGAAAUGGUUUAACCCAUUUAGGUAAAACUAUUUCGAUGGAUGAUGAUUUUGAUCAAGGUGAUCUAGGCCUAAAGAGAGCAUAUGGUGAUGAAGAUGGUACCCAAGAGCCAUUUAGAAAGAAAACAAAGGCAGAAAUUAUGAGAGAAGUUAUUGCUAAAUCGAAAUAUUAUAAACAUGAAAGACAAAAGGAACAUGCUAAAAUGGAAGAUGAAGUGGAUGCGUUAGAUGAAGACUUUGAAGAUAUUAUGUCCGAAUUAGCGUCUUCAAAUAUGACUUCUAAAGCCACUAUACAGGAAAAACCUGAAGUCGAUAAAGAUUAUGAUGUUAAAGUAAAAGAAUUAUUAAUGGAAAAAAGGGCUGUUCCUGCAGAUAGAACUAAAACAGAUGAAGAACUUAAAAAUGAAGCUGAGGAGAAAAAGAAGCAAUUAGAGCAACAAAGACUAGAUCGUAUGAAAGGUAUGCUUGAAGAUGAUGAUGGUAAAGAAAAAGGUGUUGAAGAUUUGGAUGAUGGAUUCUGGGAAAAUGAUGAUGACGAUGACAUGGCUGGCGAGAUUAUUGCAAACUCUGAUGAUGACGUUCAAUUAGAGAAUGAUGAUGAACAAGAGCCUCUGACACAUGCUGAAAAUCAAUUAUCUAACUUCCCAAGACAAUUACCAAAUGCACCAUGCCCGUCCAACGUUCAAGAAUUGGUAUCUUUCUUGGAAAAAUCACCUCUAAACGAGCAUCCAAAAAUGGUGCGUGCUAUCAUUAGAGCCUAUCAACCGAAGCUAGCUGAAGGUAAUAAUGAAAAAAUGUCUACUUUCACAGGUGUUCUUUUAAGAUAUAUUUUAUUCAUAUCUAAUCAAGAUCCAUCUCAAAAUGUUAUGGAUUUGCAGACAGCCCAAAACUCAUUGAUUCGUAUUCUUAAAUCAUUAGCUGAAAAAUACAACAGAGGAUUAUCGGAUACCUCUAGAUUGAUAAUAUCUGAAAUUCAAGAAAGAUUCACUUUAGGCAAGUUUUCAAACUUAACUAUCGGUGACCUAGUUUUCUUUAGUAUUAUGGGUACUAUAUUCUCAACAUCUGACCAAUAUCAUAUUGUUAUCACCCCAUGCUCUAUACUAAUUGGUGAAUUUUUAGAACAAAUAAAAUUAGAUUCAUUACCUGCAUUGGCAUAUGGGUCGAUACUAGUUAAGAUUACUUUGCAAUACGAACGUUUGUCCAAAAGGUUUAUUCCUGAGGUUGCUUAUUUUUUGGAAAAAUCCUUAACAUCUUUAUUAGACAGAAAAUUCAGCAAUUUAGAUGGAAUUAGAUUGGAUUCGCAUGCUUUGGGUUUAACAAAGUUUUCUAAUUUUGAUGAAAAUGAUACGCCAAUACUAUAUUUACAUCAAAUUUUCGACAAUAACAACAACUCAACCGAUACAUUUAAAAAAUCAAUUAUUAAAAAUUGCCUUGAAUCAUUGGAACACAUAAUUUCAAGUGUUUGGAAGGAAUUACCCGCAUUCAAGGAGCUCAUAAAGCCUUUUGAAUUAUUACUAAGACAAUACUCUACUGCAUAUCCAUCCUUAUCAAACUCGGAACACAUUAUUGAUAAAAUUGAACGAUUGUUAAAGUUUGAUGAACAUACUCCAUUGACGUUACAAAAUCACAAACCAAUUGCAAUUCCAUCUCGUGCACCAAAAUUCGAAGAGAACUUCAAUCCAGAUAAGAAAUCAUAUGAUCCAGAUAGAACUAGAAGCGAAUUGAAUAAAUUGAAGGCACAGAUCAAAAAGGAACGUAAGUUUACUAUGAAAGAAAUUCGUAAAGAUACAAGAUUUGAAGCUAGACAAAAUAUUAGUCUUAAGAAGAAAGAAAAUGAAGAAUAUCAUGCCAAAAUGUCUCGUAUCGUCAAUUCCAUUAAUACAGAAGAGGGUGCGGAGAAAAAUAAAUAUGAAAGGGAAAAGAGACUUCGCAAUACUAAAAAAUAG